GAGAGAGAGAGAGAGAGAGAGAUGGAGAAAAGUAGAGUACUGAUUGUUGGAGGAACUGGGUACUUGGGAAAGAGGAUAGUGAAGGCAAGUUUAGCGGAGGGUCAUGAAACGUAUGUCGUUCAUAGGCCUGAGAUUGGAGUUGACAUUGAGAAAGUUCAAAUGCUGUUGUCGUUUAAGGAGAAAGGAGCUCAUUUGGUGGAGGCUUCUUUCGACGACCACCAGAGCCUCGUGAACGCCGUGAAGCUGGUGGACGUCGUUAUUUGCGCCAUUUCAGGCGUCCAUAUUAGAAGCCACCAUAUCCUGCUUCAACUCAACCUUGUUCAUGCAAUUAAAGAAGCCGGCAACGUUAAGAGAUUUUUGCCAUCUGAGUUUGGAAGUGACCCAGCAAGAAUGAUGUACGCAAUAGAACCGGGAAGAGUAACAUUUGACGACAAAAUGGUGGUGAGGAAAGCCAUUGAAGAAGCUAAAAUCCCUUUCACUUAUAUCUCUGCUAACUGCUUUGCUGGCUACUUCCUUGGCGGUUUAUGUCAACCUGGUCACAUUCUUCCUUCAAGGGACUCGGUCACUUUGCUUGGAGAUGGCAACCAAAAGGCAAUAUAUGUUGACGAAGAUGACAUAGCAAUGUACACAAUCAAAACCAUAGAUGACCCGAGAACCCUAAACAAGACUGUGUAUCUUAGGCCGCCUAAAAACAUUCUAUCUCAAAGAGAAGUUGUUCAAGUUUGGGAGAAGCUCAUCGGCAAAGAGCUACAGAAGUCUUCAAUUUCCGAGAAAGACUUCCUAGCUACUCUUAAAGAACAAGAUUACGCACAGCAAAUUGGAUUGGGACAUUACUACCAUGUCUGUUUCGAGGGUUGUCUUGCAAAUUUCGAAAUCGGUGAUGAUGGACUUGAAGCUACUCAGCUUUAUCCAGAAGUGAAGUACAUUUCAGUGGAGGAUUACAUGAAGCGCUAUUUGUAA